UCAGCUAACGUGUAGUAAAAAAUUCGGGUCAAUUAAUGCCCCUACUAGAAGAUGACACAACUGUUGGGGUUCUCCUCCCCGUCCCAUCUGCAACUUGUGAAACACUACUUUAAAGCUGUUGUGAUCAGCAGGCGUUUCAACCAAAUGGGCAUUCUUUCAUUCAUUUUCAUUGGAGUUUACUUCAUAAAAAUCUCAAUUUUAGCUGAUUCCACUUCCAGCCAUGGAGGAUAUGAAUUGGGUUUCUUGAGUAGACGAAAGGGUGUUCAUAGGAGGAGUCUUUUGGCCUCAACUUCUGGAGACUAUUGUGACAACAAUGACCUUUGUGGCCCCAAUGGAAUGUGUGUCAUCAGCAAUUCACCGGUUUGUACUUGUUUAAAUGGGUUUGAACCCAAGGCACCAGAAAAAUAUAACUCUGGGGACUAUUCAGGUGGUUGUGUCCAGGCUCAACCUUCCAACUGCCAAAAUAAGGAUGACGGGUUUGAGAUAUAUGCUGGGGUCAAAUUGCCAGAUACCACAGAUUCUCGGGCUAACCAGAGUAUGAGUGUCAAGGACUGCAGGGAAAAUUGCUUGAACAACUGUUCUUGUGUGGCUUAUGCAAGCUCUAAUGUCAAUGGCUGCACUAUCUGGUUUGGUGAUUUAAACAACAUUAGGAAGCUUUCAGAUGGUGGGGAGGAUCUGAACGUUCGAAUACCUUCUUCAGAAUUAAAGAAAAACCACUCACGUAAGACAAAGAUAGCUGUGAUCGUUGCAUCUGUUGUUGCGGUUGUCAUUGGGAUGCUCUUGGUUGCUUAUUGCAUUCACAGGAGGAGAACAAAGUUCAAAGAGAAAAUGGGAAAGAAUGGAAUGACGAAUCAGAACUAUGAUGGACAGAACGAAGACAUCGAGCUACCAAUAUUUAGUUUGUCCACAAUAGUCACAGCCACUGAUAACUUUUCAUUCAACAUGAAACUUGGAGAAGGUGGCUUUGGGCCUGUAUACAAGGGUAGUCUAGUGGAUGGGCAAGAAAUUGCUGUGAAGAGGCUCUCGCGAAGUUCAGGGCAAGGACCAACUGAGUUCAAAAAUGAAGUACUACUAAUAGCCAAACUUCAGCACCGAAAUCUUGUAAGGCUCCUAGGUUGUUGCAUUGAGGGAGAAGAAAGAUUGUUGAUUUAUGAAUACAUGCCCAACAACAGCUUGGACUUCUACCUUUUCGAGGAAAAUCGAGCAAGACUAUUGGCUUGGCCUCAACGCUUUCACAUUAUCUGUGGGAUAGCCAGAGGUCUUCUUUAUCUACAUCAAGACUCCAGAUUGAGGAUUAUUCAUAGAGAUCUUAAAGCAAGUAACGUUUUGCUUGAUAAGGAAAUGAACCCAAAAAUCUCAGACUUUGGCAUGGCUAGAACAUUUGGAGGAGAUCAGACUGAAGGAGUUACAAGAAGAGUUGUUGGAACCUAUGGUUAUAUGGCACCAGAAUAUGCAAUUGAUGGUAAAUUCUCUGUAAAAUCGGAUGUUUUUAGUUUUGGCAUUUUAUUGUUGGAAACAUUAAGCGGGAAGCGAAGUAGAGGAUUUUAUGAUCCUGUUCAUAACCUUAACCUCAUUGGACAUGCAUGGCGAUUGUGGAAAGAAGGAAGAUCUUCGGAGUUGAUUGAUGGAUGCUUAAGGGACUCCUGCAGUCUGUCAGAAAUCUUUUGUUGCUUCCAUAUUAGUCUUUUAUGUGUGCAAGAGCUUCCUGAGGACAGGCCAAAUAUUUCAACCGUGAUUCUCAUGUUAGGUGGUGGUUCCGCCUUGCCUCUGCCCAAAAAACCAGGUUUUUUCUGUAGAAGUUCAUCUGAAGCAGAUUCUUCUUCAUGUGUGAAUGCAACAACAUCUUCAAGUAAGAAUUAUACAUAUUCAAACUACGACUCUACAAUAACAGUAUUGGAGGGUCGAUAAGAUUCUCCCAACUGCAAUUUUGUAGCAUGUAAGUUGAAACCAUUGUUUAAGAAAAUAGUGGAAGUACAUAAAAAGUGAAAUGAUUUCGGAAUGCACCUCGGUUUUUAUGAAAAUAGAGGAAAA